CUACCAGGGUCACCACCAGGGUCACCACCAGGGUCACUACCAGGGUCACUACCAGGGUCACCACCAGGGUCACUAUCAGGGUCACUACCAGGGUCACUACCAGGGUCACUACCAGUGAUGACAGCAGUUUCUAUUUCAGAAACCUGUGGUAUUGAGAAUGUUGAUGGAUUUUUAAAGAUGACUUGUCGAAUGUUUGAGUCAGGAAAAUCGAAAAGGACCACAUACGAGUGCCAUAACUCCUUCGGGAGGUAUGAAGAUGUGCGAAUAGGUGGAGUACCUGGUAAAAGUGGAAAAACAAAAAUCACCUAUCGAUUUUAUCACAAAUGCGAAAACGACGACAUUUCGUACCAAGCUUGUGGGAUCCACCAGCAGAUCCAGGCAGAUACACUGCAAUCAUACCCGCACGCGGUGUGCCAGUUCCAGGUGGUCGUCUCCGACAGCGGUGUGUUUGCAGAGUUAGUCGAGAAUCCAACCAGUGAGACAGUUGUCAUGGAGACAGUUGUCAUGCCAUCUGGACGAAGUGUCAGUAGUGAUCACAUCUGUAAUGAUAUUUGUGAAACUUGGACCUGCGAGGAUGAGGCGAACUGUAACGGUUUCACUUACGGGCAGUAUUGCAAGAAGCAGGGUACUGGAGACGUGACUUACAUUGAAGCGGAGGAUAUCUGCACUACAGGACAUGAGAAAAGAUGCUGUGAGUAUCUCAGAUGGAUAUGGUAUCCAGAGUACUGGGACACUACGGACCGUCAUGUAUGCGAUGCUACAGCAAUGUGCACAUCUGACAUCAUAGAAGAAAGAGAUCUCUGUCAAUAUAAAUUCAAAACUAUUUUCACUGGAGACGGCGAGCCGAUGUUUAGUGAGUCUAAUUCAGUUUUCAACUUCACGAGAUGCACCCCAGUGGCUCUGUGUAGGAACGGUGUGGACCAGACGAACUGUACGGAUCAGUAUAGAGUGGGGAUGACAUGUGAGAUUCAAGGUUUUAAAUCUACCGUAUCUAAGUACAGGCUGUGUAAUAGCGAGGGCCCCCUGUGUGAUGACGCGAUAGAUUCGGUUUGCGAGCAGGUUUCUACAGCUUGUAAAGUGCACAAACACCAACUCUGCGACGGGAUUGCAGACUGUCCUGAUAAGAGCGAUGAGAGAAUCUCCCUGUGCAGCACAAUUAGCACACCAACAUGUGUGAGAAGAGGGGGUAACGGAACAGUUAGCCGAGCUCUCCCUCUAGCCUGGCUGGAGGAUGGUGUGGAGGACUGUGUCGGUGGGGAGGAUGAGAGGAAGGAUACCUGGCCCACUUGCGGAGAGGGUAUCACAACGAGGUACGUGGCUGACAAUGCAAGUUGUUCAAAUGUUUAUGUUUGCAGGACUGGUGGAUUUGUUGAGCUCAGUGAACUUUGUGAUGGAAUUGACAUCUGUGGAAACGAAAACAGGGUUUGCAAAGCAUCAAAACGAUCCAAAUCAGUAGUAAAAAAGGUGGCAUCUUAUAAUCAAGGACUUCUAAAACGCGUAUCAUACUGCCAACAGGGUCUCGAACAGUUCCAGACCUUAGCACAUCCUUGCAGUUCAGAGCAUUUUAUCUUCCCAGAUAUUAUCUAUGGGCUAACAAAACCUCAAAUAAUAAUACCAAACAUAAAAACAAGUUGUGAUAACAUGUUCGGAGAGCAGUACAUCUACUCAAGUUGCACCAACAAGUGCACUGACUCUCGCUGCCCCCUCACUAACCCUCCUCUCUACAACACGUGUCCUGAAUAUUACCCCCACAGAGUCGGGACCCUCGCCCACCAGCAAUACCUCACUUUCGCUCUCAAAUCACACGGGCCUGUCAAGGGAGUCUACGUUAACGAUAUUUUUGCAUGUGAAAACGGAGUCAAAUGUAUCCCGUACUCCCAGGUUUGUGAUCUUGUGGAUAAUUGUGGGGACGGUUCGGAUGAAGCAGGCUGUACAAACCACUUCAAGUGUAACUCUUCAGAGCAUUACAUACCCAAAACAAGCAAAUGUGAUGGCAAGAUAGACUGUCUGGAUUUAUCUGACGAGUGUAAUGAGGAAUGCUCAAAAGAAAUGCUUGAUGGUGCCGGUCUGAAAGUGCUCUCCUGGAUAAUCGGCAUCUCAUCGGUUCUCGCUAACCUUGUCACCAUCGUCUUCAGUAUGCUGUCCCUGAGAAAUAGCAGGACUACUGCUGCUCUUAUCAACAAAUCAUUAGUUAUCAUGAUUAGCACCGGCGAUAUCCUAGUCGGAUCUUAUCUCUUAACUGUUUCAGUGUUUGAUAGUAUGGUUCACGGGGGAAACUACUGCAAAGUCCAGUCCACCUGGUUGUCGAGCAGGGAGUGCUCUGUAUUUGGUGUCUUCAGCACUGUUGGAUCCCAACUUUCUCUGUUUGCAAUGACAGUGCUGAGUCUGGUGAGGGUUAAUGGUAUCUGGAACUCUAUGAGGAUACCUGGUGAGGUUACUGUAAAGAGUUCUGUUAAAGUUCUUGCUGUCAUUUUCAUCUUACUUGCUCUUUCGGCUACAGUUGCGCUCCCUCCCAUCUUCAAAGAGUUUGAGGAUUUUUUUAUAAAUGGUAUGCAAUAUGACGUUGAUCUGAAAAUGUUUGUUGGCUCGGUAAGCAAAGAAACUCAUUUGAAAGUGUUUGAAGAAUACUUUGGCCGACUGCAGGAUAAGCCCAUCAGUUGGUAUCUAACAGAUAUAAUGGUGGGUGAAAUCUUCUCUCAUGAUCGGGGAAUACCAGACUUUACUAAAACUCGGACAAAAGUGGGUUUCUAUGGUAACGACGGUGUGUGCCUCUUCAAAUAUUUCAUUCGGAAGACAGAUCCUCAACAGGGGUUUGUGUGGAGUGUUCUCGUGCUGAACUUCAUCUGCUUCCUAGUAAUAUCGGUCUGCUAUAUCAUUAUCGGAACUCUUUCUGCGAGAUCUACUAAAAGGGUAUCAGCUAAAGGUAACGAACAAGCCAGACAGAAGAUGAGAAGAAUGAACCACAAAAUCUCGAUUAUAAUCUCAACAGACUUUAUGUGCUGGUUGCCAUUCAUUGUGAUCUGCAUGUUACAUUAUCUGGAGCUAUUUGAUGCAACUCCUUGGUAUUCUAUUUUCUCCAUAGUGGUACUACCGAUUAAUUCAGUAAUUAAUCCCCUGCUCUACAGUGAUCUUAUCAUGAAGAACACUGGUGUACUACUAUCACGGACAAGUUCUAGAAUUUCAGGUUUUGCUUCCUCGGUAAAAUUGAAAAUAGUGGGAACUGAGGAAGCCCGUGGAGCACAGGGAAAUAUUCCAAUGCAGCCAAUCUAGAUUCUAUGUGGUUAUUUCCGACUAUAGAACCAAUUCAUUGCUAUAUAUUUAAUAAUAUAACUGAACUUCAUGUAUCUUGAAUAUCAAUAAUUCAAUAUUAUUUGGGUUAAAGGGAAUUUGCCUGAAAUUAAUUUGCAUUCCGAAUGUUCUAGAUC